AUGUCGGACGAAAGCAUCAUCUUCAAAGAAGAUAAAGAAGACUUGCUCUACAUAGCAAGAAAAAUUAAUAUGGACGAAUUCACCUUGUCAGGUGAACAAGGUUGGGUGAGAGAAUCACUAGAAUCUGAGACUUCUAUACAGACCAAUGGAGAAGGAAUAACUCAAUCACAAACUGAAUUCCUAAAUGAAAAGAUGGAAACUGAAAUGGGGCCUGAAAUUUUCAAAGAUCCUUCCGUUUUGCUGAAGACGAGACCUUUUAACAUGGUUUGGUCGUAUGGUUGCAAUCCAAAAGUUGAUAUAAUUAAUUUAACUGAUGCAGAAACUAAUGAAAUAAUUUUUGCCAGUAGUCAUUUUCCUAUAAUCUACAACUAUUGUGAGAAAAAAAUGUCUUAUCUGGAAGGUCACCAUUAUACAGUGGUAGCUAUUUCAAUUGAUAGAACAGGAAAAUAUUUUGUCACAGCAGACAAUGGUGAAGAUGGAUUUAUAAAUAUUUGGGAUGGGUCAUUGCGAAAUACAGAUACAGGAAAAAUUGCUCCUGUUUUAUCAUUAUACGGGAUUUACCAAAAAUUUGGAGUUAGUACUGCACAUAUAAGCCCCUGUGCUCGAUACUUAGUUACAAUUGGUGGAGUAAAAGAAGACCUAUAUUCUAUAGAUAUGUGGCUCUGGACUUUAGGGAACAACACGCCUGAAGAUUCUUUUAUUGUAUCUAGCACUCAUGGAUAUCCAAUUGCUAUACGAUUUAAUCCUAAUAUUGAGGAACACAUAAUGGUUAUUUUCUCUAAGCAAGUAUUUUUGCUGUUUUGGGAUAGUGAAUUAAUGAAAUUUACCCUCAAAAUAACUCCCCAAAUAAUGCACAGAAGCAAAAUAGGUCAUUUAACAACCGGUACAUACGUAGAUCAAUGUCACGAAUGUUACGCAUCGAGUAGUAAAGGGUGUAUCCUAACUUUCAGUAAUGCCCUUUAUGCUAAACCAUUUGAAGAAGGUGAUCUCGACAAUAAUAAAAUUUUUCGAAAUGCUGUUAAAAUAUCAGAUGUUGCUGUCGAUUGCUGUAAUACAAUAGAUGGAUUGGUUGUCGCGGGUGAUACACGUGGUAGGAUCUUCUUUUUUAAUAAAAGAUUAAUGAUUUUGUAUUGGCUCACUACUUUUAACUUGGGACCAAUUUCGUCGGUAAGCUUCAACUUGGUACCAAAAGUGAAACGUCAAGAAAUGGGUCAAUAUUUUUUUGACAAGACUACCGAAGAGGAAAUCAUGAACUGCGAUUUUUUGGAUAUGGCUGAAGAAUUCGAAGUACUUUUUAAACACGACUUACCUAAAGAUGCUACUAUAAAUCGUGCACCGUUUGUAAUAAGAGACUUUUUUAUUGCAACUGCGCAAAGCAAUAUUUAUUCAGUAGAUGUUAUUAACCACAAAUGUGUACCUCUAUUCCAUAUAGCCGAUGGUUAUGUAGCAGCUAUUGAAACUCACGAGGAAUCGGACUACAUUAUUAUUGCCUAUAAAAGUAACCGAAUCAUUUUGAUGAACUACCUAACUAACGAAGUGCUUUGUGUUAGUAUUUUACCCAAAGGAGAGGAUGAAGCUGCUUGUAUAAGUUGCAUAAAAUACGAUGCUAAAUCUCUUCAUUUGGUUUGUGGCAAAACUAAUGGAGAAUUAUGGGUUCUCGAUCCAAUUUUGUUAGAACCAAAGCAACCUGAACCAUUUCAAAUUACUAAAAACAAAAUAGUGAAGAUCCGCUUUUCAGUUUGGCCCAUACAAUUUGCUUAUUUCGAUGAAAACAGAACAAUGGUUAUUUUUCAAUAUAACAACAAAGAAGGAAAAUGGGAAUUUAAGGGGAAGAUUAGACCGCAUUAUGGGGAUAUUACCGACAUCUUGUAUAUACCAGUCAAAAAAUGUUGGAAGCUCUACAGUAUUGCUGCAGAUCGCCACAUAAUCGAAUAUAAUAAUGAUAAAUUAGAUACUGAAGAUUUCGCUGUUCAAAGCUCAGAAAGAAUCGAACAGACAGCAAUUCCUAUAUGUAUGAUUUAUUGGGUUUUAUUGCAUGAUGAGAAAAAAAUGGGAUACAUCCUACUUGCUGAUGAUAAACACAAGUUAAAGUUUUUAUACCAUGUUUCUAAAAUUCCAAAAUCAGUUAUCCUCGCACCAGCAUAUGGAUGUUUUAAAUUUCAGUUGAUUAAAAAAAUGCAGAUAAUUCCACAUUGCGACUCAAAAUACAUGGCAUUUUCUACAAAUAGGCAUUGCGGUAUACAUAUUUUACCACCAGACGGAAAUCCAUAUAAAUAUGUUGGAUAUUUAACACAUCCUGUAAAGUUGGAAGAUUUUGUUUUAUCAAAAGACGGCCAAUUCAUGUUUACAUUUGGAGUUAAUGAUCACUGUGUUUUUAAAUGGAGUAUAGAGACCAAGUCAGUGGAGAAUAUGAAACAUUUGGGCGGUAAAGAAUUAGAACCAUUUUAUUGUCUUAUCGAAGGUGGCUAUCAUGGAUGGUUAUUCCACGAAAUAAAAGACUUGUUUUAUUAUAUGCAAAUAUUACAACAAGAAAAUAUCGAUUUGCCCAGAAGAGUUUCCGACACUAUAAACAUAAGUGAAAUACCGGACCUAUUUAGAACUAUUGGCUUUUAUCCGUCUGAUUUUGAGUUGGAGAAUAUAAUGAUAGACGUCAAAUUUCGAAACAUGGACGAAACGAAUAAAACCAACGAAGACAUCUCCUUUACCGAAUUCGUAAAGUUGUAUUGCAACCAUAAACCCGUGUAUGGUUAUUCCCUUAAGGACCUGAAAGAUGUCUUCACCACAAUACUUCAAACUCAGGAACGUCAACAAGCUACCUGUAUUGAGAGACAAAAAUUUGUGGAACUUUUAACAACUCAAGGUGAGCCUAUGUCGACGACGAGCGCUUUUCAAUGUUUUAGAUCAUUAAUGAGGAUUGAACAAGAUGAAGAAAAUUUUGAUUUCCUACCUGAGAAUAUAACCUUUGAGGUUUUGUUUGAAGAGAUUCUUGGUAUUGACAUGGAAAGAAAGUUUGUUUUGGAACCGGAAGAGUCAAGUGAAGAGGAACCCGAUUUAAAAAAAAAGUCAGGAAGUUCCAAAACUAUAAAGAUUGUUCUUUACUUGAGAUCUCACUCGAAGCUCAACGGCAGCCCAGCACGAGAGAUUCGCAAACAUUACUCCCUCUACUUCAAGACGUAUUGUCAUGAAGCUGAUGGUGACUUGCAUUGUUUUCCAACAAAAAAUAUAAAUUAUAGUUGCACUGUUAUAUCAUGA